AUGCGGCAACGUAGUAUCCUGCGAUCACGCAUAGACGAAGCUGUUGUUAAAGCUAUAAAAGUCGGCGUGCCUUUAAUAGUCUUAGCCGUUAUUCUCUUUCUUGGCUGGUUUAUAUAUGCUAUGGCCAGCGAGAGGAAAUGGCCUUUCCACAACGUCAUGCAUUUUUUCAAUGGUACCUUCAAUGAUACCUCCUGUGAUAACACCUACGAUGGCCCGGAUACGUACGACCUUUACAAGCGUUAUGUGCCGAAGGACCAGUAG